AUGGGUUACGUGAAACGGAAAGGGACGAAAGAUGCUAGAAAAUUACCAGGCAAUUUCGACGAAUUUAAGGAGUCUUUCUUGGAAUGCAUCACCAAUGCAGUUUCCCAGGAGGCCAUACCAUCCGAGUUAGUGAUCAAUUUUGAUCAAACUGGCUUACAUAUUGUCCCCGUUAGUUCGUGGACAUUAGCCAAAGACGGAGAGCGACAAGUUCCAAUCAUAUGCCUGAAAGACGAGCGAGAAAUAACGGCAGUAUUUGCAGUUCGCGAAAUUAAAACUGUUUACAGUAUUUUGGACUGUAUCAGCAAUUCUGGAUGUCAAAACUUAAGUUCAUGUGUGUCAUUGAACUGUUAUGGCCAGUUCAUUCACACCAUUAUAGCUGGAUGGGAUCCAUUGGAAUGCCAUAGAGCAUUUUCCACAAUUGCCAGUUGUUCCAAUAUACUAACUACAAUGGGUGCCUGUAUAUCUGCCAAACCUGGUGCCAAGUCUCAUGAUGAGAUAUAUAUACGUAUUUUCUUGCACAGAGUUUUAUUAGACUGGUCUGAUGGUGAUGACAAAACAUUUUGGUUAAGUCGUAUUUUAAAGCCAUGGCCAAUGGUUCAGCAGGCAAGGAUAUUGUACAUUUUGUAUGGGCCAAAAUGUCCUCAUUCAGAUGCUAUUUUAUGGUAUGAAAUGACUGAUUCCACUCCAGGAUCUUCAGCUACUUCACUAACAACACAAUUGGCAGAGUUGGCGCUAGCACUCAAAAUGCUAUAUAACUGUAAAGAGUGGAGUGAAGAUGACAUUAUUAGUGUUAUUGAAGAACUAACUGCUUUGCCAGAUGAAUGGGUAACUGAAAAUGUAUCCAAGUUGUUGAUGUUAUGUGGGGAUACAAUCUGUAUUAAAGUAAUGGGAAGUAAAGUAAUAAAUGGACACUACCAAGAACUAUCUCAACUCAUUGUGUCUUUAUCAGUGGUUACAACCAAAGAACAAUACAGUAUGUCCUGGGUUAUAAAACUUGUUAGAAGGCUUCUUGGAAUUACUGAAAGUCUAAAAGAACAGAAGAUAUUACUUGCAACUAUUGCCGAAACAUUCAAAGAAAUCAUAUUUGAUAUAUAUGAAUAUAAUGAUGAAGAAACUGACCUGAGUUUUCAGUAUGUAUUGGAUGCCCAAGCUGAAUUCAACAAAGAGGUUAUGAGCCUAGCUUUCUUAGAAAAAGAACAAAAUUAGUGCUGCUGUCACUUAUCAUUUUCGUACAAAUAUUGAUCUUACCCGAAUUGUACUACAACAGAAUCCUGAUAGGAAUGUAACACUUGAUGCAUGUUAGUAAGGGCAGGGGAUAAAUAAAACAAACAAACACACACACAGCAAAUAUAUUAACAUCCUGUCAUAAAUGAAAGUGGUAGAAUAUGUGAAAACAUUUGAUGUGUCUACAAUGUCUGAACAAAAACAAUAUUUCAUUCUGAAUCAGGUGGCCAAACAGGCCUAUUUAUUUCAAUAUUAUUCCUGUUAGUAUCUAAAAAUUAAAUUUUUUUUUUUUCAUUAUUUGGGGUGAAAUGCAACUUAGGAAAUAGUGCACUACCUUCACUUAUUGCAUGUGUUUAUUUAUUCCCUCCUAUUUUCAUGAAACAAUGAUGGGUUGUGUAAGAAAUGAACAGCACAGUGAUUUUUUGUCAACAGUACUUGAAAUCAUAUUUAAAUAA